CCACGUAACAAGAAGCCGCGCCUGCUUGGCUGGCCCACUUGCGACCAACACUUGCACCUCAGGCGAUCCGACGACGGCAGUGGCGUCACCAUCAAUCAACCUCCUCCUCCGCCUUCUCCUCGUCUCUCUCGACUACGCGAUCUGUCCAGCGCUCUUUGGUGCCACGACCCAGCGCCGACGCCGACGACGACGAACACGCCAACCGCCCGCCAUGCGCAUCUCCUCCCGGAAAGGGCCUUCGGGCUCCUCCACGGCUCUUCUCGCGCUGGUCGCCCUCGCCACCCCUUCCGCACUCGCGCGCCGCCCCGACGCCGACAAGACGACGACAACGCUCCCCUGUACUGCCACCUCGACCUCCGGCGCCUUCUACGAUCUCCGCGCAGACAUCGCCGUCCACCCCAAGGAGGAUGGCACCAAGCCAAAGGCCAGCCUUGGUGGUCCCACGGCCGACUACCACCCCCGGGGCUGGGACUAUGGCGCAAACUUCACCCUCAACAUCUGCGCCCCCGUCGUCGAGCCCUUUGACAACGUCAAAGAUAUCGAGGAGGGCCACUGGCAGAACAUCAGCGCCUACUAUCAGCUCAAGGGCGAGGUCUACAGUCUCGGCUUUGCCUCGACGGAGCUGGUGCCGCGCGGCAAGGAGCUCGUUCUGCAAUACAGUGGCGGCUCCUACUGCGAGAAGAAGAGUUCCUCGAGCAGGCGCGGCGAUAGGACCGGGCUGAGCGCACGGGGCGUGGUCCACGAUGGCGCCAACUUCAAGAGCCAUGAGGACGAGAGCUCAGACAAGGAUAAGUCCUACCACACCCUCGACAAGUCUAAUAAGGACCGCAGGCGCAAAUCAGCAACCAUCAUGUUCACGUGCGACAAGGACCCGACCGCGGGCACUGCCGUGGUGUCCUUCAUCGCCGCCGAUCCCGAGGAGUGCAACUACGUCUUCAAGGUCCGGUCGCAGCACGCCUGUGCGGGCGCCGAGCCGCACAAGCCGGGCAGCGUCGGCCCUGGUUCCGUCUUUGCCAUCAUCUUUGCCAUUGCCGUCCUCGUCUACCUGCUCGGCGGCAUAUUCUACAACCGCACCAUCAACCACUCCCGCGGCUGGAAACAGCUGCCCAACUACUCGCUCUGGGCUGGUCUCUGGAGCUUUCUGAGCGAUUUCUUCAUCAUUGCCACAUCGUCAUGCGCCCGUCUCCUGCCGAAUCGGCGCGGCUACCAUCACCUGUCUGGGUCGCCCACGCGGGGUGGCAUGGGGCGGGAUCGCGAGGCCGAGAACCGCCUGAUUGACCAGUACGACGAGGAAUGGGACGAUUGAGAAGGGAGGCCAUUGUGGAUGGGUGGAUUUCGGGAGGACUCUACGGAGGCUUGAUUGGGGCGAAUAAUCUCUGAUGGUAUAAUAUUAUCUCCAUUUGUACAUAUAUAUAUAUGCCCGCGCCAAGAGCGGUGGGAGGAGAAAACUCCCGUCACCGCGCAGGCUCUGGAAGCUCCUCGCAGUGAGGCAUCGGCGUCAUGGCGUCUGCAUUUGCAUUUCAUUUGUCCUUGAACUAGAAAAAAAAUCAAACAAGGAUUUACCAAGCACAGGCAGCCUGAAGUCCACACAUGUGCAAACUUCUCUUGGUGC